AUGUUUGUGCUUAGAAAGCCAAAAUCUUACUUAUUACAUCUUUGAAUUAAUUUUACUAUGCAACUUAUAAUUUUGCAUAAUAAAAAUAUUAAAAAAAAAGAGCCAAUUUCUCUAUCGAUAAUUUCAAAAAUGAUAAAUUGAGACUUCAUUAAAGGGUGAACCUUAAGAGCUUUUGCAAUAAGACUUAGACAUUAUUUGCAUUUUAUAGCUAAUAGAUGACUUGUUUCACGAGUCUAUUUCCUUAAAAAGUUUUAUAACAUAUUGAAAGAAAUGACAGACAAUAAAAUAUAUAUUAAAUAGUGUGGCGAAUCUGAUCCGACCUCUUAAAAUCCUGUAGCUGGUAGGCCGAAAGGAGUCAGCAAUCUUGAGGGGGCAAAUAUGAGUAUCUGGCAAGGUUUUAAUGACACAAUGUUGAGUUGAUAAGCCAAAGUCUAAUAAAUGUGAAACGGAGUUAGAAAGGAUUCUCACAGAAGUGCCUGAGGAUAUUUUAGAAGUCGGAACACUUAUCAAGGAGAUACCAGAUGUUACGCUGUAGGUUUCUAGUUCUAAUUUGUGAUCAUUAUUUUUUCUGGAAGGUAAUUCUAUUGACAAGUGUUAAAGCAAUGCAAACUUGCUGGCUUCCAGGAAGCGGCUUCAGGACCUCAUCAUAAAAAAAUAAAAUUCAAGGCUGCGCGAGUACUGAUGAGCAGGCAUUGGGGCUUUAUUAAAGGGAAUAAGGGCCUUUGGGCCUAAAAUUGGGCUUUUCGAUUAUCUUAAAUAACCAUAAAGAUAUAUAAUAACAUAAGAAUUUAA